AAUACCCGAUGGAUAACGAGCCAGGUAUGGGACAAAGAAUUACCACCGAGUACGCGCCUGGGAUUACCAAUACCCAGUCCAAGCCCGACCCAUUGCCAUUCCUAAUUUCAACCACCUCUCUCUCUCUCGGCAAUGAAAUGAAAACAACUAAUGUGAGGGUUUAUCAAUUGUUUCUUUCUUGAUUUCGGUUAAAGCUAGGGUUUUGGUAAAAGUUGUGAUUUUGAACUUUUUUCAGGAGGAAGAGAUGGAUUCGUUGCCUGAAGAGAUUCGUUCACACAUACUCUCUCUCAUGCCUACGAAAUUUGCUGUGCAAACUAGCAUUUUAUCCAAAAGUUGGAGGUACACUUGGACCCUUGUCACCAACCUUGAUUUUGAUUUUGUUGAUGGUGAUGGUGAUGAUUAUGCUCUUGAUUUAGUUGAUUAUACCUUUGUGAAUCGGGUAUUCAACUCUCACAAAGCUUCCAAACUUAAUAUAUUUCGACUACACUUUGGCCUUAAUCAAAAUCCAAAUGUCUCACAUUGGGUUGAUAAGGCGGUCAAGUUGAAUGUAUGUGUGCUUGACAUGUGCGUGCCGCGUGAUCAUCUACCUUUAAGCAUCUUUACUUGCACCACACUCACAAUGCUAAGAUUACAUCAUGUGGAAAACAUUUGGGAGUGUCCAUCGCGGGUCACUCUUCCUUGUCUCAAAACACUUGACAUCAUUGUUUAUCGUAAUCCUUUUUUGAACGCGUUUAAACUCAUUCCUGGUUGCCCUGUGCUUGAAACUUUAUCAUUGCAAGUUGAUUAUGUCUGCAACCUUCAACAACAACAACCGCCUUACAUAUUCAGUAUCCCUACUCUGAAAAGAUUCAAACUAACAAUCAACGAUGACAUGCCUGUAUUCCACAAAGUUGUUUUACGCCUCCCUAUUCUUGAACACUUAUGUGUUGGUGGUUCCUUGAGCUCACUUUAUGUCAUGGAAGAUUUGCCGCCCUUGUUUGAGGCUGAUAUUUCAUCUCUAUCUUCAUCAUCUCCUCGUCUGUGGCUUCAACUACUCAAGGGAAUAACUGGAGCUAAAUCACUUACUACACAAGAUGUGGAUUUUCUUGUGAGGCUACCCAUCUUUCCGAAUAUGAAGCGCUUGGAAGUGAAGUUGUUUAUCGAUCUAGGAAAAAUUCCUCAAUUUCUUGAACGUUUUCCCGAUUUGAAAUAUAUAUGUCUUGGACUGAAGUCUACGCUUUCUUAUUGGAUGGAACCAAAGGUGGUUCCCGGUUGUAUCCGAACAAACCUUACAACCCUAAAGUAUACAUUAUGUAAGGAGACGAUGAGGUAUGAUAUGAAGCUUCUAAGAUACAUAUUGGGGAAUGCGGAGGUUUUGAAGACGGUUACAGUUACUUGUGGGCAUUUGUUUAGCCCCGAAUUGUUUAGCCUGGAAGAAGAAAAGUGGGUGCAUUCAGAGUUGCUUAAAUUUCCAAGGGCUUCCAUGGAUUGUGCCAUCAAGGUGGUAGCGCUCGGUUUGCUUCACUGAAAUGAAGCUGUCGUGCUGAUAGUAGUGGUCCGGGCUCACCACCGGCAGUGCGUACCCCGUAUCGACUUUGCCCUGACCAUAUCAUUGAUCAAGUUCUCAAGCCGGUCAAUUAGACGAUCAAGCCUCUGAAACGCGGCCGGAGGUGUAUCUCUGAAAACAAUAAAAAUUUGUAUAAAAUGUUCAAAACAAUAAAUAUUUUAACAUUCAAAACAGUAAA